AUGUCAGAUCCACCCAAGCGCCUCCACGACAAUGUGUCACGCACCAAAUCCAGCUCCCCAGUAGGACGAGCCGUCUUUAUCGGCCUCCGCGCCGCCGACGUCUGGUGGCAGUACAGCUUGCUCAGCCAGGGCUGGGCCUCCCAGCUCAUAACCAAGCUGGGUGGCUCUCCCGUCGUGGCCGGCAACGUUUGGGCCACCUCCAGCAGCAGCCUUCGCAUAUACUACUACCUCGUCAGCCUUCUCUCCCUGGGCAGCAGCAUCAAGCAGAUCGCCGCCAUGCUGUUCGUUUCCGAGCAGGAAACCCCCGUCGGCUCCGCCGCCCUGAUCGCCUUCUUCAACACGGCUUUCAACACAACUAACACCCUCCUCGCCAUCUGGUCGCGCACCUCCCAAGCCCCAGCCUCCACCAGCGAGACGCUACUGGACUUCAUCCUAGCGAACCCCACCGCAACCAUUGGCUUCAGCGCCUACCUCAUUGGGAUAUUGACAGAGGCGGUCUCCGAGUUCCAGCGUCGCGCCUUCAAGAAAGACCCCGCCAACAAAGGCAAGCCCUACGGCGGGGGUCUGUUCUCGCUGGCGACCAAUAUCAACUAUGGGGGGUAUGGGCGGGCUUAUGAGGAGAUCAAGGCGCGGGUGAAGUAUCGGUUGAUUCCUUGGGUGUAUUAG